AUGAAGUCUUUCGCAUCCGCUGUGCCCUUGGCGGCAGCCCUGUUCACCACCUCCACUCUCGCAUGGCUCCCAUCCUGCUCGUGGUCUGACUGCAUGGGAAGCUGGGAUGGCACAUCCUGUGACGCCUCCAGCGGCUGGGACUGCCUAUGCUCCAAUCAAACCGCCAUCGCUCAGUUGAACACCUGUGUUGCAACAUCCUGCACGAACACCACCGAUCAAGAGGCUAUCUAUGGCGCUGUUGCACAGCUUUGCGCCAACGCAGGCGUUACAGUCACCAACUCUCAGCAAGCAACAUUUAGUGCUACCUCUGGCGGUUCGGCCUGGCCUUCUCAGAUCACCGCCGGCCCCGGUUUCGGUCCCGGUGGUGGUUGGAACUCGGAUCAGUGGUCAAGCUGGAUCUCUGCUUGCUCCACUGGCUUGCCCGCUGCUCCCAGUGGAUGGGGUGGCCAAGGUCCAUGGGGUGGCCCAGGCUCCUGGGGAGGUCGUGGAGGUGGUCCUGGUUUCGGACCUGGUGGCUUUGGACCCUGGGGCACAAAAGCCAGCGGUGUCAACUGCGAUCAAUGGACCACCUGGACUGCUGGCUGGGGUCCUUUCUCAUCGUGGACCGGUACCUGGUCCGGCUGCAGCACUACCACCAACAGCCCUAUCCCUGCGACCAUCACCACGACCGUCACGACUGGCGGCUCGACUCAAGUCAUCACCGGCACAACCUUUGGUAUCCAAGCCGUCGCUGCUGCUACCAGCGCCUCUGACUCGGGCAAUGCUGCUCCUUCUCUUCGAGGUCUCAGCGCUUGCGGCGCUCUCGUGGCGGCUAUCUUUGCCACCAUGAUUGCUCUGUAA